AUGUCUACCGAGCGGGCGCUCGCGCCGCCGGCCAAGGACAUCACCUCGGACAGCAUGGUUGAGGGCCAGAACAGCAGGUGGCGGCUGCGCCUGCGCAAUCCGUGGGUCUGCUCGCUGUGCACGCUGCUCACCACGCUGCUGGGCUUCGCCGCGCUGUUCCUCAUGGCGCAGUCGUUCAUGACGCGCCAGCUCGACACUAAAGGCUGCGACAUGUCGUACAUGCGCCCUAUCUUUCACCACUUCGACGCCUUCGACACGGAACACACGCGCUUCGCCAGCAAAUACUCGCUGUAUCUCUACCGCGAGGGCGGCAUUGACGAGGACAGUCGCGUCAAAGGUGUGCCGGUGCUCUUCAUUCCUGGCAAUGCCGGCAGCUACAAGCAGGUGCGGCCGCUGGGCGCCGAAGCUGCAUACUACUACCACAACGCUCUGGGACACGACGAGAGUGCUAUCAAAGCAGGCAAGCGGCCGCUCGACUUCUUUACCGUCGACUUCAACGAGGAUUUCACCGCCUUUCACGGUCAGACGCUGCUUGACCAGGCAGAAUAUCUCAACGAUGCCAUUACAUUCAUCCUAUCGUUAUAUCAUACCCCAGGACGCUCGGCCCGCGACUCGAACCUGCCUGACCCCACGUCCGUCGUCAUCCUUGGACACUCCAUGGGGGGCAUGGUAGCUCGCACCAUGCUCACGAUGCCCAACUACCAGUCAAACUCGAUCAACACCAUCGUCACCCUUGCCGCGCCACAUGCUCGGCCGCCCGUCUCCUUUGAUGGAGACAUCGUCCGGCUGUACAAGGGCGUCAACGACUACUGGCGAAACGCUUACUCGCAGAAGUGGGCUACCGACAACCCACUUUGGCACGUCACCCUGAUUUCGAUCGCGGGCGGCGGCCUUGAUACUGUGGUGUCUUCAGACUAUGCGAGCAUAGCGUCCUUGGUGCCCGAGACCCACGGCUUUACCGUCUUCACCUCCUCAAUGCCACAUGUAUGGACGGGGAUGGACCACUUGGCCAUCACUUGGUGCGAUCAGGAGAGAAAGAGCGUAGUGCGCGCACUGUACGAUGUCAUCGACGCUUCACGAGCGACCCAGACGGUGCCUCGCGCCGAACGGAUGCGGGGCUUCAAAAAGCAGUUCCUAACAGGUCUAGAGGACGUCGCCGAGCGAUCUCUGCCACACAAAGAAGCGAAAACUCUCUUGACUUUGGAAGACGACAACGCAGUCAUCUCACAGGGCGAAAAACUGGUACUGCGAAGCCUGGGGAGGGCACAGCCGAAGCCAAAAGCAUAUCUGCUUCCGGUACCGCCUCAGGACGAGCUUCACAGCAAGUAUUUCACGCUUCUUACAAACGAGAAGUUAGAUGCGCCAGGCGAGAACGGCAAGCUCGAGGUUCUGUUCUGCAGCGUGCAUUCCCAUCAUGCUGGACAGUCGGCCGCGCUCUUCUCAAUGAACAUGGAUCUUUCCGGUGACAGCUCUGGCGCUACCCGAUUGGCAUGCAAGAAUGCCGCGUCGGACGUCAUUGCUCUCCCGGAGUCUACGCGACAGUCGACCUUCCCAUUUAGAACAGAUCAACGACCCUUCUCGUACCUCCAGUAUGACCUCAAAGACCUGUCGGAUCAACAGUUUGUCGCAGUUGUCGACAAACACGGCGAACGCAGUACUGGCUGGGUGGUUGCCGAAUUCAGCAACGUGUCUGAGUCUGUAUACAAGGUCGACAUGGGUUUGCGGCGUCUCUUAACAACCGGCCUGAACCUGAGACUGUCAGCACGCCGCGCUCUGAGUAUGGAUAUCAAGGUUCCCGCUUUGCACUCAGCGAUGUUGGCGUACAACGUCCACAUCGGCAAGCAGUCUUGUGAUCGUGGAGAGCUGUUCGCUCCACUGCUGCGACAGUACAUCACCGAUGUUCACGAGAGCAAGUUCUUCGUCAACGUUAGGGACGCCAGUCUCAACCUUCACGGUGUCUCACCAUACAUGCCACCGGCCCUGUCUCCUCACCACCCAUCAAGCGGGCUUUCGCUCCAGAUAUGGUCGGACCCGACCUGCGACAGCACUGUAGAGGUCAACUUGAGGGUCGACGUACUGGGAAGCAUUGGAAAGCUGUGGAUGCGCUACCGAAUCGUGUUCGCGGCGUUUCCACUCCUCAUUGUCGCCCUGGUUAUCCGUCAGCAGUUCCGAGUCUACGAUGAGACGGGCGUAUUCAUGAGUUUUGCCAACGGUUUCAACGAGUGCCUCCGCACCUCUCUGCCGCUCGCACUGACUGCCUUGACAUUUUUGUCGAUCGCACUAGCUGGCGCACGCAAUGAAGGUUUCGCACAUUGGCCUCUUCACGCUGCAAUCAGCAACACGACUGCGCUCUUAGACGAUGCAAAUCAUGAGCUGCUUCUUGGAACGGACGACACCUUUUUCUGGUUCCUGGUGCCACUUUUCGGACUCAUGUGCAUUGCAGUGUGCGUCGCCCUGAAUUACGUCGCACUCUUGCUUACUUUUAUUCUUGCGACGAUCUAUGCACUGGUCAGCUCCUCGGCCCUGCGCAAUGAGGACGGACUGAGAACACCGGGCGCGUUCGCCAUCACCUCCACACGGCAGCGCACCAUCACAACGGUUAUCUUACUGACACUAGUGUCAACCGUGAUACCGUAUCACUUUGCGUAUAUGGUGCUCUGCCUGGUUCAGCUAGCUACCUGCAUUCGCGGGUUCAAACUUGCAAAAGAGACGCAUCUGGACACCAACUACAACUUCUACAACUAUGCGCACUCGAUCUUGAUCUUGAUGAUCUGGAUCCUGCCAAUCAACCUGCCGGUCCUCGUCGUCUGGGUGCGAAACCUGGCCAUCCAUUGGUGGACACCCUUCUCAUCACAUCAUAACAUCCUAUCGAUAAUGCCUUUCAUCUUCCUGGUCGAAACCCUCAGCACAGGUCGCAUGGUCCCCCGCGUCCAGUCUCGAUACUCCUUCUUCACCAACAUCUUCCUGUUUUCAAUCGCCGCCUACGCUGCUGUGUACGGCGUGACCUACGCAUAUGUCCUGCACCAUCUCGCCAACAUACUGUGCGCGUGGCUGGUCGCAAUACAUUUCGACAUGCAGAACAUGACUUCAAGGAAGGUGUUCGGCGCCUUCAAGGCCCCCCGGUCCGCACCGCACCCCGACCCCAAGAAACGACCAUAA